CCGCCACUUCGUCGUCGCGGCGGAGGGGCCGGCGGGACCGGGCCGGGUCCUGGGGGCUGGGGGGGGGCUUGGGCCGCGCCGCGCCACAAAGGCCGCAGCAUGGUCCUGGUGCACGUCGGUUACCUGGUGCUGCCCGUCUUCGGCUCCGUGCGCAACAGAGGUGCUCCUUUUCAAAGGUCCCAGCAUCCCCAUGCUACCUCCUGCCGGCACUUCCACCUGGGUCCCCAGCCUCAGCUCUCCACCGACUUCACCCUGCCUCACGCGGUGCAGCCCCAGCCGGGGCUGACCCCCCACAUGGCCCCCGCGCACCAGCACAGCGGUCCCCUGCACCAGCCCUUGGCACCGGUGCCAGCUCUGCCCUUCCAGGACGUGGCCGGACCCUCCUUCCUACCUCAGGCGCUUCACCAGCAAUACCUCCUCCAGCAGCAGCUUCUCGAGGCACAGCACCGCCGGCUCAUGCCCCAUCAUCCCAGGCGGGCUCAGGAGCGCAUGUCUGUUCAGCCUCACCGUCUACACCCCAGCUUUGACUUCAGCCACCAACUGCAAACUCCACAACCCAUGGGGCCCCAGCCCAGGUAUUUAGCCGAAGGCACAGACUGGGACCUCAGUGUCGAUGCGGGACUGACUCACGCCCAGUUCCAGGUCCGGCCGGUCCCUCAGCCCUAUCAGCAUUACUUAGCUACACCUCGGAUGCACCAUUUCCCCAGAAGCACAUCCUCGACACAGAUGGUUGUUCACGAAAUCAGAAAUUACCCUUAUCCUCAGCUUCAGUUACUUGCUCUUCAGGGACUGAACCCAAGCAGGCACACGUCCGCUGUGCGGGAGAGCUAUGAAGAGCUGCUGCAGCUGGAGGACAGGCUGGGCAGCGUGAGCCGGGGUGCCGUCCAGAACACCAUCGAGAGGUUCACCUUCCCCCACAAGUACAAGAAGAGAAGACCGCAGGAGGGCAAAGCUGAGCAAGAGGAUGGAGAGGAGUCGGACACCGACGAGAAAUGCACAAUCUGUCUGUCCAUGCUUGAAGAUGGAGAAGACGUCAGGCGGUUGCCCUGUAUGCAUCUCUUCCACCAAGUGUGCGUGGACCAGUGGCUGGCCACCAGCAAGAAGUGCCCGAUCUGCAGGGUGGACAUUGAAACACAGCUCGGCUCGGACAGCUGAAAGGACUGGCUGGACACACCAUUUUCCUUACCAGGUCAUAUGGCCAUAAACCCUUGCAGCAAAAUUUUUGCCUUCUGAGCCAUUUGAUUGAGAGGAAAAGUCUGCAGGCACGUUAGUGAGGAGGAGGAGGAGGAGGAGGAGGUGGCGGUACAAUAUCUAGCAGUAGGAGAUAUUGCACAUACGCAGGAUACGGGCCCGGUGAAAGGGAGCUGGCAUUCCCGGAGCUCAGAGACCCCGUGCUGCAGAAGAUUUAGUGUUGAACAUGAAGGAACUAGUUGUGGUAGUCUGGCCUGUCAAUCCUGCAUUUCAUGAGGAUUGUAUAUAUACCUCUCGAAUACGUAGAAACAUGUUAGGGGUCCUUUAGCUAUUUCUAUGGAUGGCAGCUGGAGCAUGUUAGCUUAAGAAAUGUUGUGUUUGAUGCCCUACUCAUCUUGUGGUGGACAUGUUGCUGUUACCUAAUUUGCACCAAAUAUUUUUUCAUAGAUUCCUUAUUUUGGUGCCUGAUUAAUACAUGGCGGAGGGGGAAUAGAGGUCAAGCUUUCCCACCCUUGUGGGGGAAGAGGCGAAAAAGCAAAAUCCUGUUUACAGUCAGAAGGGUUGCGCUCUUUGCCUCAGCCGCGUGUGCUUCCUUUCCUUGCAUUUACAGUGUGUUGCAAAUUUAGAGAAACUUAAAAAAAAUAAAAAUUGGGAAUGAAAUGAAUGAAGCAAUAGGGAGAAGCUUCGUUCCUGCUUAUCUGCUGGUGCUGGACACUUUCUGUAGGGGCACGAUAUUGGAGUAGAUGCUGUUUCUUUGCUUUCCGUCUCUUAGCGAUAGCUUCGCAUAUCGAAAUCCAAGGAAGGGCUGGCUUCAUAAUUGCCGUUGUCCAUGAUGCUUUCCCCUGUGAGCUGUGAGGCUGGUUGGCUUCAGCAGCCACUGCCAGCACUGGUCCAAAAGGAUGGUUACUGGAGUUGGUGCCUAUAGCUGUGCUUUGGGGUAUAAUAACGCCAGAGAGGUGCUGAGAGAUGUACGCUGCCGAGUCCUCUCCCACGCAAAACCAUCUCUGCUAACGGGAAAGGAGAAAACUCGAUGCUCUCAAGGCACCGCUGAGGCCGUGAGCAUUUUGGCACGGGAGGGGAAGGCAGAUUGGAAGGGCAGUUUGCUGCUUUUUGGAGGGGCUGGGUUGUGACCCUGCUUCAAAGCACGUGCACCUGCACCCGCGUGCAUUUGUAUACACAGGUCAUAUCCAUACGGAGAGUGGAGCGGUUGUUAAAAUGAAACUUAAUUGCAUUAACGAUCAAAACAGAAUUAGGAGGUGGUCCCCGAAGGAGUGAGCUGUUGCGAUCCAAGCUUCCCCUGAAAUAAAGACCUCAGCUCGCCAACCGCAGGGACUGAGCUGAAAAGUCCCUGGAGAACUGACAUUCACAACCAAAAACCUUUUUUUUUUUUUUUUUUUUUUUUUUUUUUUUUGCAUACUAGGGGAGCAAAGGGAGAAGCAGAGGAACAAGGGGAAUUAGUCAGGAACAUUAUAUAUUGAAAAUACUGAUGUGGCGGGAAUGAUUUCUGGCUCCCCUGAGCAUCUGUUUUGCUGGAGCCAAGUGAUGCUCUCCAAGAAGAACAAUCAUAAAUUACCAUCUGAGAGAUCACAGAAUUCCCAUGAGCUGUAAUUGGAAAACACCAACCUCAGAGACAACCCAGAGAUUUUUUUUUUUUCCCAAAUGGAGAGGGGAGGGAAAGAGGGGAGCCCCAUGGGGUGCAAGGAUGCAGGAGCUCCUCUCUUGCUGUGCCCAUGCAGGUGAGAGGGAUUGGAAGGGGACACAUGGUGGCAUAUAAGGAAGAUGAUAGAAGGAAGAAAUGUUUUACGAUGAGGGUGGUGAGACACUAGAAGAGGUUGCCCAGAGAGGUGGGAGAUGCCCCAUCCCUGGGAACAGUCCAAGUCAGGUCGGACAGGGCUCUGAGCAGCCUGAUCUAGUGGAAGAUGUCCCUGCUCAUGGCAGGGGGGUUGGACUAGAUGACCUUUAAAGGUCCCUUCCAACCCAAACCAUUCGAUGAUUCUAUGAUAUAUUUGCCACCCAGCCCAGGCGAUGGCUUCUUGGGGGAUGUGGUGGUCCCAGCCCUGAUGUCCAUGGGUCAAGGAGUGGUCCAUCAAUACCUAUGGGGCCUGCUCCAGCAGCAGCAGAUUGAAGCAGCAUUAAAAAUAAUACUAAUAUUACUAAUAAUAUGGACAAGCAAAGCAAGGAUUUGCUGGUAAAAUACACUGUAAGUUGGUCUGGUCUGUCCAGGCGUGAGCCGGGGACAAAGCAGGGGGAGGAAAGGGGCAAUUGAGACCCUGGCCAGGUGGGGAGGGAAUGAGGAGCGCUUCCGAACCGCGCGUUUUCUUAAAGCCUAUGCGAAAGUAUUACUAUUUGCCUAAUGAACAAGCACAGUUUUUAAAAAAAAAAACCAACAAAAAAAAAAACCCCUUUGGUGAAGAAAAGCACCAAACUCCCGUGGUCUCGUGUGAGUGACUGAUCCCAAGGUGCGUGCGAAUUUACAGCGUCUGGAGUUGCAUCGAUGUGUCAGGUUCCUUUGCGUUUAAAUAAUUUGUACGAGUAGGAUGCGAUAAUAGGAUGAGUUUAAAAACAAAACGAAACAAACAACAAAAAAUCUCUAGGAACAAAACAUUGAUAGUUUACAGGGUUUUGUGAGUUUAAAUGCCUUAUAUUUAACAAUCAUAAUUUAUGACUAACUUGUAGAUAUUGUGGGUUCUUAUUUAAUUAUUUUUAUAGUUGUUUUUUGCAUUUUUAAUUAUAAUUUAUUUAUUUAGAAAUUAAUACUAAUUUUUUUUAUUACUCCUAUUACCUCAUUUUUGCAUUGUUUCUGGGAAUGGAAUGCUUUGCAUGCGUCGGUACUUUAAAGAAAAAAAUUAAACAUGGGAUGUGGGGGGUAAUGCUUAUCUUAUCAAAAAAAAAAAAGAGAAAAAAAUCAGGGUGUGUGAUUACAAACUGUAUUACUGUGGUGCUGUUACCUUGGAUACAUUCCAUAAAAAUGCAAACCUUUGAUUCUGUAUGCUGUGACAUAGUGGAAAACUGCAAUAUAGUGACUGUGUUUAGCACAUAUAUAUGAAUAUUAUUUGCACUCAUAAUCAAACUCUGGUGAUCCUUUCACUUGCGUCCUUGCGCAUUGAAGGCGAUUAACGGCGCUCUGCAAAACCAAAACAUUUUGGUCGAUUCUUGCUACCGCCCUGUCCCCGACGCCGCUGGUGAUGCUACUGCUCUUGCUGCAUGUGUUAUCCUGCAAUAACACCCGGCGGGCCCCCGCUACAAGGCUGUGCUUGGGGCGAUGCAUGCAUUUAGUGCAAGACUCUGCAAAUUGCUUCAAAAGCCGAGGAAGGGAGCCCAGGCAUGGUGGUUUUGCCCAAUUUUUGGUGCCUGUCAGUGCUCGGUCUGGCUUUUUUCACCCUCUGUGCGUGCACCCAGCUGGGCGCUGCGGGGAGGAUGAUGGAGGCAAUCGAUUGAGCCUGAGCUAGGAGGCAACAAAACUGAGGGAUUCGUUGCAAUUUUGAAGGGUUGACCCAUGGUCUAGCCGAGAGGGGCUGGGAUGGACGCGGGAGCGAUUCGGCAUCCUUUUGUAAUGCCUGGCCGUGAGCGUUUGCUCUAACCCAGCUGUGAAACGUGCCCGGAGCAGAAGCCCUCGGUGCUGAUCUUCUUGAUCAGUUGGUUUCAUCCCCCCUGUUAAAGGGGAGACUUCAACUUGGAGCUUUUUAAUCCCCCGAAGAGCUGGGACGUGCACCGGAGCCUUCCCGUCCCCAAGGAGGAGGUCAGCCCCAAGCUGAUAUCCCGCUCCUGCAGCAGCGGCCAAGCAUCCCCAUCCCCAGACACGGCCGCGCCGCUCUCGCGACGCACUGCCCUUUCCCAAAACGCUCCGGAAUAUCAAGCGCUUGAGCCUGGCAAGAAGGUUAGAGCGUCUUUGAUAAUAUUUUAAGCUUUAAGCCAUAACCCCUCUCGGUCAGCACAGAUGCUCGGCCAUGUAUGGACAGAAGUGGGGUUCAAUGCAUGUGCUCAGCCAGUAGCUGACCCCCCCCCUCCCCCAAAAAAAAGGCUUUGGAUGCAAUUCUCCUUUGGAUUAGAAAGGCACAAAAUGACUGUACCUUAAUUUUUUUUCUCUGUCCCUUCAGGGUGCUGCUCUGCUUUGUUGACUUUGCCUUACCCUGGGUUUAAAACCUGUCUGUGUUUUUUUCCUUGCUGCUCUCUAAUACUCCUCCCCUGUAGGCUGGAGCUGCGGUUUUGAGCCGUUCAGGGACAGGGGGUCGGUUGUUCCCCCCACAAAGACACUGUAAAAGGGAUAAGUAAAACAAGGAGCGAACAAACAAAAUCCUCUCCUUUAAUGGCCCAGGCUGGUGAAAGGAUCACCCACAUUUUUGUACUCCUACUGCUGUUCUGUUGUGCUGUGCAACAUUUUGCUACAUAGACUAUUUUAUAGAAGAAAGCUAGAAAAAUAUUUAUUAUUAAUAUUAAAGCAAUAGUGCAUUGAAGAAAUGAAAAGACAUUAGAAAUUGUGUAAAUGCUUAGAUUCACUUUUGGUGGAUUUUUUGUACUUUAUUUAUAACUAAUAAAACAGACUGCAUUGCUAACUAUAAA